AUGGGUAAUGUGCCGCUCUCUAUGCAGUACGACCCAGAGUCGUACUCCGAAAUAGUUCGCCAAAGGGACAGGUUCGCUAUUGCCCAGCUUUCUUCAGCACCGUCCGGUCCAUCCAGUUCUUCCUCCACCGACACCGUUUCAAAACCAAAACUCACCGACCUUCCUCUGAUAACGGUAUACAGCCCCGAGUCGAUCGCUCACUUUCAACAGUGGUUCCCCGAACUCAAGUUCAUCGCAAAGGCCUCCUGGAACAAGAGUCCGCUCAAUCCGAAAAGGUCUGUCAAGGCCACCAAUCCCGACGAACGCCAAGCUGUCCGCGGUCCUUCCCAGGCGAGUCAGGACCUUAACAGACAAGCGGCGUUCAUGGAGGGGCCCGAUGGUGAGUUGUUGGGUGGGCAAAUGGUCCUUGAAGUACGCAGCUUCCACCGAACGUGCUUCAAGGAUCUCAAGGAUCGAGGCGAAGCCACUUGGUUGUUCACUGACCUGUCCGAGACCGUUCUCACUCGGCUCUGUGAGGAAUCGGCAAAGAGGUUCCCCACAGAACGGCUUUGUGUUGAUGGAUGGAAGGCACGAGAACUGAUGAGGCUGGCCUGGCCUGGAUGGGCUAAGGAGAAUCUCAAAGAUUUGAAGCCGGACGCGGCAAAGAGGUGGAAGGGGAAGGCGAGGGCGAAGGAGACGGAGACGGACGCGAAGUCUGUAGAUCAACCACUGUUCGCUGCUGAAGUUGUACUCGACUUGCUUCUUCUACAUGUUUUCGACGGCCUCGAGCGGAUACCGGCGAAGGAAGAAGACAAUAUCUCUCUCCCUGCGGUAGUCUUUCAACACCCUACCCCUCGUCAAACAGCCCUUCCAUUGGACAUUGUCCUCGACCCUCUACUCCUUCUCGAGACUCCGAAUCCCGGUACGGUCGCCAAUGCUGCCCCAAAUGCUGAGGAACCUCCCGCGUCCGACGCCGUUUCUCCAGAUACCUUAUGCACAACAUAUGGAACUGACACUUACGACGGGUCUCUGACUUGUGCCACUCAACCCGGUGCCACAGUUCCCGAGGGUGCUUCGGGUACGGAGCAAACUUCAAAGCUACCUACGCCGACGGCACCAUCCAAACCCUCGACGACGGCGUUUUCGUCGGCCGUGUUCAAGCCUCUCCAUCAUACUCCACUCCCGACGAGCAUCGCUGGCCCUAGUACGGCACACGGCGAUGCUUCGUCCCCGCCAACAAAGGCGUCUCAUAUGUCGAAGCAACCCAAGGAAACGAAACCAAAGCUCUCAGCAGCGGACUUGCCGAUCUAUCCUAGGGAGAACAACGUCACUGGAAGGGAGCUCCAACCUCGAGAGUGGCUCGACAGUCAGGAAGUUGGCGCUACGAAAGCGCGAUUCAAUGCAUACUUUGGGACAGUUACAAAGGAGGUUACCAAGAAAGCUCAGGGCGUCAAGUGUUUGGGGGAGUGGGUGCAUCCGAAGUAUAAAUAA